AUGGCCGGCUCGGCGCGUUUCCUAUGCAUCCUGCUCGUCCUGCUCGCCGUGGCCGGCACCGUCUCUGCUUUUGGAGCCGGCCAAGUCCCCGCCGACAGCGAGUUCAAGGAGUUCGUCUGGCGCCACGGCGACAUUGCAGAGGUGCUGCGCUUCCUCCCCUUCAGCUUCGUCACGCGCGAGAGCUUCACCAAGCUGCAGCGACGGCAGAUCUACUUUGGCAACUGGCUGCGCGACUUUUCGCAAGUCGUCGACACCACCUGCCUGGAAAACAUGCCCGAGCCGAUCCUGCGCGCCAUCGUGUCCGUCCUGGCCAUGAUGGAGUUUGGCUUCGCGACGGACGAGUUCGACGUCACGCGCGACCGGCUGGGGUGCUACUCGCACGUCGAGCACAUUGACAACCCGCGCGGGUACGCCGACAAUGCCAAGCAGAUUGACGAGCGGCUGCGGGGGCCCGUCGACCCCCGCGAGCUGCAGCUGGACCGGAGGACGGGCAUGAAGAACUACAUUGCCAACUCGGGCCACGGCUGGGACACGUCGGCCGACUACAUCCGCCGCCAGCUGGGCAAGUGCAUCGAGCUGGGCCGCCGGGGCCGCCGGGGCCACCACGGCGCCCAGAAGGAGUCGUUCAUCCACCUCGGCGCCGCGCUGCACACGCUCGAGGACUUUGCCGCCCACAGCAACUUUGUCGAGCUGUGCCUGCACGAGCUGGGCGAGCGGGACGUCUUUGCGUACGUCGGCGACCGCUGCAGGGUCCGCACGCCGCGCUCGCACUUUCGGAGGGGGCGGCUGGUCGCCCCCCUGGUGACGGGCACGUUUGGCAUGCUGGACAUUUUCCACAGCCUGCUCGGCGAGGCCGACGACAUGGCCAUUCUGCAGUCGAGGGGCACGCUGGGCGACCUGGAGGAGAAGCUCGGGUACGGCAGCGUCGCCUUUGACCAGCUGUUCCAGGCCAUCAAGUCGGCCAUUGCGGCGGUGCAGAAGUUUUCGUCGCAGAACACGGCGCUGCUGGAGCAGCUCGAGGUGGUGGACAUGAUUUUACAGCAGGCCAAGGACGACGGCGGCUCCCCCUCGACGCCCGAGGGCGACGACGCCGCGGCCGAGACGGGAGGUGUCGGCGGCGGCGGCGGCAAAGUCGUCAACGCCAGCAUCCUCUGGCAGGCCAUCGAGCCCGUCUUUUACAUCCACGACCGCAUCAAGAAGUGGCUCACCGAGGACGCCGAGACCAACGACCCGUCCGACCCCGGCAACACGAGCACGCAGCUGGGCGAAACCACCAACCAGUUUGUCUUCCAGCUGGUCGGCUACAUCAUCGAGUCGUCGGUCAAGGAGCUCCGCAACGCGCUCAAAGCCGCCAAAGUCCGAGUCGACCAGGAGGCCGCGCAGUCGGAAUCCGCGGCCGUCUACGAAGACGGGUCCAAGGCCUCGGACCCCAGCCACUCGGACCUGUCAAAGGACCACUUCAGCAACGUGCUCAACCCGCCGGCCGGGCUCGUCGCCACCGUCACCACCAACUGGACCACGCAGCAGGUCGUGCGGUGCUGGGACGACGAGAGCGUCAGCGCCCACGACACCAUCGAGCGCGUCCUGGCUAUCCUGCACCACCCGGCCUUCCCGCGGCCACGGUCGGACAUCCAGAAGUACAUGUUUGGCGCGGUGCGCGAGUGGUGGGGCGACCUGCCGGACGGGGACAAGGACGCGCUGCGGCGGAAGCUCGCCAGGGAGAGCGUGCGGGAGCGAGGCCACGAGGACCACGGCAUCACGGUGCAGGACGUGCGGGGGAAGAGGAAGGGUCCGGGGGAGUUUCCGGGGUCGAGGAUGGACGUGCGGCCGCCGAGGAGGAAGCGGACGUCUCUUUUGAAGUGGGCGGUCGGCGGGGCGGCGAGGGAUCUGGCCUGGGUGGCGCGUCCGGUGGUGAGGUGCGUGGCCGUGCCGGGGGGGAUGCUGGUCGAUGCCGUGUGGCGAGUCGGGGGGGUCGUGCUGCGGACGCCGGGCCGGGUGCGCCGCCUGGCUGGUCGGUGGUGGCCGUUUCCGAAGCGCAACUAG